AUGCCCACCUAUCAGCGGUUACGGCUCGUCCUACUGUCGCUUGUUUUAGUCAGUGUAACAGCCCUCGUCUACCGAUGGCAUUCCACAAAUGACCAACCAUUGCGACCAUUAACGACUCCAGCAGAACAACAGCAACAGCAGCAACAGUCAGCAAUACAGCCGGCGUCGUAUGACAGAAACGACCCUCGGAUAGCCAAAGUAUUAGAUAACAUUGACCAGAAAUACUGCGGGGGGCCAUGCAGGUUCAUGCUUCCCGUAUUUAUCAUGGAACAAGAAAGCAAAGCUCAAAUGCAUUUCAGACAACUUGCAUUCAUGGCCGGCAUGUUGAAUCGCACCAUUGUUCUUCCCAAUGUCGGUGGCUCCCGACUGGGUGCCUGUCUCGAGCACGACUUUACAUUUUAUUAUUCCAAGGCGUGGGCACAUGACAAUGCAGAGCAUUUCUCACAUAUCUCCUUGGACAAGUUUUCCGCAUGGGUCAAGGAACGUAAAGCCGUCGGCUUUCCCAGCACAUCCCAAACCUUCCAUGUCCAUCUAAGCGCAGACCAUAAACAGAUCGGCGAAACUAACAACUGUUUCGCGCCUCUCAUGGAUUCGACCGGUUGGCCCGACAAGAGCAUUUAUCUUCACGACAGUGGCAAUGUUCGCCGUCGCAAAAAGUAUCAGAAAAUCUUUUAUGAUUUCUUUACCGAGAAGGAGGAACAUAGGGUCGAUAGCGACAACGCACCUGAAGUUAUGAGCGUCUACUAUGAUCGAAGAUUCCCAUUCAUUCAACACCCUGCAUCUGAAGAGCCCAUCCCAUACAAUGAACGUAUCACCAACAUGGCUGACGAACUAGCCACCAGCUUGUCACCUUAUCUGGCUGUCCAUUGGCGAACCGAGCGCGCUGAACCUGCCGAAGCUCUUGUAGGCUGUGCCGAGUCAUUGGGCGAGCUCAUCAAGGACCGUUCUGGACAACUUGGCCUCACAACUCAACCGACAUUUUUCCUCUUGACCGAUUAUCCGCACAUCUUUGACCCGUCAUUUGUAGACCAAGCCGUCAAAGACAACACGACAGACACGCUCAAAAAAACCGAAGGCGAGGCGGGCUUUGUUCCGGCAUCGGCAUCGUUUUCGCCAGACUCAUUGACGAUCUAUCACCAUCGAGCCAUCCAUUACCUGUACAGCAAUUUUCAAGUGACGGUGACGAGCCUAGAAAGCGACAUGACUGAUACGACUAAAUCACCUGCAAAUUGGACUGUGCUACCGGUAUCAAAGGACUUGGCGAACCAUGACAGUGGUGUCCUCGGAAUCAUUGAUAAGCUCAUGGCCAUUCGUGCAGAUCUAUUCAUUGCCGGUAAGCCUGGUGUGUGUGCACGACGAAGCAGCUUUACCGGUCGCAUUGUCGAUGAACGUAUCGCUCGACGAAUAGAAGAACUCAAAGAUACACAACAAUGGAUGGAUGACGAUUCGAUCGAAGAAUGGACUGAUUAUUCACGAAAGGGGUCUGGACGCAUGAAAAAUAUCAUUGAAUAUUUUGAGUUGUAA